AUGGAUUUUGGGGGGUUCCGGGCAGUCAACGGCUGCACGUUCCGCGUCGAAGAAAACAGUAUAACUGGCUUGAUUGGGCCCAACGGGGCAGGGAAAACAACGCUCUUCAACCUGAUUGCAGGGGCUUUGACGCCAACGAGCGGCGCCAUUCGUUUUCUGGGUGAGGACGUGACGGGCCUUGCCAGUCAUCAGCUGUUUCACAAGGGUCUCGUCCGUACGUUCCAGAUCCCGCACGAGUUUCACAAGCUGACCGCGCUGGAAAACCUGAUGAUGGUGCCGCCCUCGCAACCAGGUGAAAGUCUGUUUGCCAACUGGGUUGCCUGGAGCCGCGUCAGGUCCACGGAAAGAGACGUGGAGAGCAGGGCUUACGAGACGCUCGAGUUUCUGGAGUUGACGCAUGUCGCCCACGAGCGCGCCGGCAAUCUUUCCGGAGGGCAGAAGAAGCUUCUCGAGCUCGGCCGGACGAUGAUGACCGACGCCAGAUUGGUCCUGCUGGACGAACCGGCCGCCGGUGUGAACCGGACAUUGCUGCGAAAACUCGAAACCAAGAUCGAGAUUCUCAACAAGGAACGCGGUUACACCUUUAUCUUGAUCGAACACGACAUGGAGAUGAUCGAAAAGCUUUGCGAUCCGGUCGUUUGUAUGGCGGAAGGCAAGGUGCUGAUCGAAGGCGAUUUCCAGGCAGUCCGCUCCGAUCCGCAGGACGUGUCGUUGACCGUGGCCCAGGACGAGAUUGUCGUGAUUGUCGGUCCGAACGGUGCCGGGAAAUCAACGGCGAUGAAGUCGGUUUUCGGUCUUCUUACAAUUCGCGGCGGCAAGAUGCUGUUUGACGAGGAUGACAUCACUGGCUGGGUACCGAACCGCAUCGUUCAGCGCGGGAUUUGUUACGUGCCUCAGGUCGACAAUAUCUUCCGGGAAAUGUCUAUUCACGAGAACCUCGAAAUGGGCGGUUUCCUGAAGACCGGCGAUUUGUCGGCAGCCUAUGACCGGGUCUACACGCUGUUUCCGGAUCUCAAGGAACGACGCAAGACCAUGGCAGGCAGUCUGUCCGGCGGACAGCGCCAGAUGGUCGCCAUGGGGCGGGCAUUGAUGCUCGAUCCCAAGCUUCUCCUGCUGGACGAACCUCGCCGAAAUGUUUCUGGGUGGGUGAUCGGUAUGGACCUGUUCGAACUUGUCAAUUUCUACGUUGUGCCGGGCAUUGUUCUCGGUUCGAUCUAUGCGCUCGGUGCCGUCGGCAUCACGCUGAUUUUCGCAAUCCUGCGCUAUGCACAUCUGGCGCAUGGUGAUCUGGCGACCCUUGGUGCCUUUAUCGCGCUGGCGGCGGUCACGGGCAUGGGUGUGUCACCCUAUGUUGCGCUUCCGAUCGCCGUUCUCGGCACUGCCGCCGUUGCGGUCGGCAUCGACAAGGUCUUUUACGAGCACUUGCGCGAGCGUCCCAAGAUCGUGACCGUGAUGGCCUCGCUUGGCAUCGCGCUGAUGAUCCGGGCGGUGGUUCAGGUCGUUUGGGGUGUCGAUACCCAGACCUAUUCGCGCGGCAUUGUCCGUCCUGAGGAUUAUUUCGGUAUCCGCAUUCGCGACCGCGAGAUCUAUACGCUCCUGGCGAUGGUGGUCCUGGUGGGUGUUUUGCAGCUCUUCCUGACGCGAUCCAAAUGGGGCAAGGCGAUGCGUGCCAUGUCCGACAACCCGAAUCUGGCGCUGCUUUCCGGUAUCGACAACAAGAAGGUUGUCAUGCUGACAUGGGUGAUCGCCGGCGGCCUCUGCGCGGCGUCCGGUUUCUUUCUUGGCAUCAAUACGGAACUGAAAGCCAUGAUGGGCUGGCACAUGCUGCUGCCGAUGUUCGCCGCGGCCAUUCUUGGCGGCGUCGGCAGGGUUGAGGGAGCCGUACUCGGCGGUCUGAUCGUGGGGAUCGCUGAAGAACUCUCGGUUCUUGUCAUCCCGAGUGAAUACAAGGCUGCGAUGGCGUUCGCCAUUUUGCUGUUCAUGCUGCUUGUGCGCCCGACCGGGCUGCUCAAGGGCAAGGUUCUGUAA